GGCUGAACGGAGAGUCAGGACCCCCAGGGUAUCUUGGAGCUUUGGGCCCAGACGGGAUGAAGGGAGAGAAAGGAGACUUUGGGCUGUCUGGACCACCUGGACCCAUAGGUAGAAAUAUAAUCUCUUUGUUUACCAUUAGAGAAUAUUACUGCCUGAUUAAGUGCCUUCUCUCCAUUAUGCUUUACUCACUAGAGAUUGUCCCCAUUCUAAAGACUCAAACAUAUCACAAUUAGGUGAUACUUAUAUUUUUCCUCUUUCACUGCAUGUACAAGUGUUUUUUUGCAUAUCCCUGAGACACCCUUGGAGGGUGGGGUCCCAGCCAUUAUUGACAGCGACCCUGGAGCAAUUAGGGUUACGUUCCUUGCUCAAGGGCACAGCAGCAGAUUCUUCACAUAGUCGACUCAGGGAUUCGAACUAGCGACCUUUUCGGUUACUGGCCCAACCGCUAGGUUACCCGCCGUCCUUAGACAGUGUUUUUUUAUUUAUAUAUUUUAUUUUAUAGGGGGUACGUCAGCUUUAAAAUUCAGAUAAAUUGUGGCUUCCAUCAAUGUAAUGGUCUGCAUCAUUUUCAAUCCCCCAUAUACAGUGCAUUCGGAAAGUAUCUAGACCACUUCCCUUUUCCCACUUUUUGUUACGUUACAGCCUUAUUCUAAAAUGGAUUAAAUUAAACAUUUUCCUCAUCAAUCUACACACAAUACCCCAUAAUGACAAAGCUAAAACAAGUUUUUUGAAAUGUUUGUACAUUUCUUAAUAAAUAAAAAACAGAAAUACCUUAUUUACAUAAGUAUUCAGACCCUUUUCUAUGAGACUUGAAAUUGAGCACAGUUGCAUCCUGUUUCCAUUGAUCAUCCUUGAUGUUUCUACAACUUGAUUGGAGUCCACUUGUGGUAAAUUCAAUUGAUUGGACAUGAAUUGGAAAGGCACACACCUGUCUAUAUAAGGUCCCACAGUUGACAGUGCAUGUCAGAGCAAAAACCAAGCCAUGAGGUCGAAGGAAUUAUCCGUAGAGCUCCGAGACAGGAUUGUGUCGAGGCACAGAUCUGGGUAAGGAUACCAAAAAAUGUCUGCAGCAUUGAAGGUCCCCAAGAACACAGUGGCCUCCAUCAUUAUUAAAUUGAAGAAGUUUGGAACCAUCAAGACUCUUCCUAGAGCUGGCCGCCCGGCCAAACGGAGCAAUCGGGGGAGAAGGACCUUGGUCAGGGAGGUGACCAAGAACCCGAUAGAGCUCUAGAGUUCCUCUGUGGAGAUGGGAGAACCUUCCAGAAGGACAACCAUCUCUGCAGCACUCCACAGAUCAGGCCUUUAUGGUAGAGUGGCCAGAUGGAAGCCACUCCUCAGUAAAAGGCACAUGACAGCCCGCUUGGUGUUUGCGAAAAGGCACCUAAAGGUCUCUCAGACCUUGAAAAACAAGAUAAUCUGGUCUGAUGAAAACCAAGAUUAAACUCUUUGGCAUGAAUGCCAAGCGUCACGUCUGGAGGCAACCUGGCACCAUCCCUACGGUGAAGCAUGAUGGUGGCAGCAUCAUACUGUGGGGAUGUUUUUCAGCAGCAGGGACUGGGAGACUAGUCAGGAUCAAGGGAAAGAUGAACGGAGCAAAGUACAGAGAGAUCCUUGAUGAAAAGCUGCUCCAGAGCACUCAGGACCUCAGACAGGCGAAGGUUCACCUUCCAACAGGACAAUGACCCUAAGCACACAGCAAAGACAAUGCAGGAGAGUCUCUGAAUGUCCUUGCUUGGCCCAGCCAGAGCCUGGACAUGAACCCGAUCGAACAUCUCUGUAGAGACCUGAAAAUAUCUGUGCAGCAACCUGACAGAGCUUGAGAGAAUCUGCAGAGAAGAAUGGGAAAAACUCCCCAAAUACAGGUGUGCCUAACUUGUAGCGUCAUACCCAAGAAGACUUGAGGUUGUAAUCGCUGCUAAAGGUGCUUCAACAAAGUACUGAGUAAAGGUUCUGAAUACUUAUGUAAAUGUAAUAUUACAGUGUUUUAUUUUUAAAAAAUUGCUCUGUCAUUAUGGGGUAUUGUGUGUAGAUUGAUGAGGGGCAAAAACAAUUUAAUCUAUUUUAGAAUAAGGCUGUAAAGACGAGGGGUCUGAAUACUUUCAGAAUGCACUGUAAGUAGGCCCCUUUAAUUCUGUCUGGCUAGAAUUAAUUGUUUUGCUAAUAUAAUUUUAAAAACAAGUUGCUAGGUGUAGGCAAGGCCAUAAGCAAAUAGGUAAACUGGGAUAUGACUAAAGUGUUAAUCAGGUUGAUUUUUUCCUUUUCAUGGUAGCAAGAUCUUAUCUACAGUGGGGGAAAAAAGUAUUUAGUCAGCCACCAAUUGUGCAAGUUCUCCCACUUAAAAAGAUGAGAGAGGCCUGUAAUUUUCAUCAUAGGUACACGUCAACUAUGACAGACAAAAUGAGGAAAAGAAAUCCAGAAAAUCACAUUGUAGGAUUUUUUAUGAAUUUAUUUGCAAAUUAUGGUGGAAAAUAAGUAUUUGGUCAAUAACAAAAGUUUCUCAAUACUUUGUUAUAUACCCUUUGUUGGCAAUGACACAGGUCAAAAGUUUUCUGUUUCGGUUUUCACACACUGUUGCUGGUAUUUUGGCCCAUUCCUCCAUGCAGAUCUCCUCUAGAUCAGUGAUGUUUUGGGGCUGUCGCUGGGCAACACGGACUUUCAGCUCCCUCCAAAGAUUUUCUAUGGGGUUGAGAUCUGGAGACUGGCUAGGCCACUCCAGGACCUUGAAAUGCUUCUUACGAAGCCACUCCUUCGUUGCCCGGGCGGUGUGUUUGGGAUCAUUGUCAUGCUGAAAGACCCAGCCACGUUUCAUCUUCAAUGCCCUUGCUGAUGGAAGGAGGUUUUCACUCAAAAUCUCACGAUACAUGGCCCCAUUCAUUCUUUCCUUUACACGGAUCAGUCGUCCUGGUCCCUUUGCAGAAAAACAGCCCCAAAGCAUGAUGUUUCCACCCCCAUGCUUCACAGUAGGUAUGGUGUUCUUUGGAUGCAACUCAGCAUUCUUUGUCCUCCAAACACGACGAGUUGAGUUUUUACCAAAAAGUUCUAUUUUGGUUUCAUCUGACCAUAUGACAUUCUCCCAAUCCUCUUCUGGAUCAUCCAAAUGCACUCUCGCAAACUUCAGAUGGGCCUGGACAUGUACUGGCUUAAGCAGGGGGACACGUCUUGCACUGCAGGAUUUGAGUCCCUGGCGGCGUAGUGUGUUACUGAUGGUAGGCUUUGUUACUUUGGUCCCAGCUCUCUGCAGGUCAUUCACUAGGUCCCCCCGUGUGGUUCUGGGAUUUUUGCUCACCGUUCUUGUGAUCAUUUUGACCCCACGGGGUGAGAUCUUGCGUGGAGCCCCAGAUCGAGGGAGAUUAUCAGUGGUCUUGUAUGUCUUCCAUUUCCUAAUAAUUGCUCCCACAGUUGAUUUCUUCAAACCAAGCUGCUUACCUAUUGCAGAUUCAGUCUUCCCAGCCUGGUGCAGGUCUACAAUUUUGUUUCUGGUGUCCUUUGACAGCUCUUUGGUCUUGGCCAUAGUGGAGUUUGGAGUGUGACUGUUUGAGGUUGUGGACAGGUGUCUUUUAUACUGAUAACAAGUUCAAACAGGUGCCAUUAAUACAGGUAACGAGUGGAGGACAGAGGAGCCUCUUAAAGAAGAAGUUACAGGUCUGUGAGAGCCAGAAAUCUUGCUUGUUUGUAGGUGACCAAAUACUUAUUUUCCACUAUAAUUUGCAAAUAAAUUCAUUAAAAAUCCUACAAUGUGAUUUUCUGGAAAUGUUUUUCUCAUUUUGUCUGUCAUAGUUGACGUGUACCUAUGAUGAAAAUUACAGGCCUCUCUCAUCUUUUUAGCAAAGCUUCUCAGCUUCUUAGCAAAGAGCAAUUUCUCAAGAAUUUUGCUAGGACAGGUCUGAGAGUGGUCUGAGUGGAGAAAACUGAAAAUUAGCUGUUAUUGGCAGAGAGGUUUGGAACUAUCUUUCUUAUUGGUCUAUUACCUAAUUUACCGCCUGUUGAAGUCACCAGGCACACCAAAACUCCAUCCCACCAAAACAGGCUGAAAUUUCAGGCGGUCUUUUCAAACGUACACUAAAAGGGAAUUGUCAUAAUUUUCACAACUGCACAAUGUUAUUCCAACCUCAUGGUGUAGAAAUAUAUAUUUAAAACACAGGAAAACCAAGGUACAGCUAAUGUGGAAUAUUGCAGUUUGAAGGAAGUUGAAGGUAGUUUUGCGAGCCAUUGCUGCUGUAUGUGUAGACUUCCAGUCAUUGUGCUAAUGCUAGUUAGCAACUUCUUUCAAACUGCAUGCAGAGACUUAACAUUUUUAUCCACGACUUCAUCUGGCUGUGGGUAAAUAGAAAAAGGGCUCAAUUGACAAUAUCUCGCACUAUCCCUUUAAGCUUUUUUUGGCAUGUCCAUGUUACUAGAUAGCAAAUGUUACCUAAUCAGCUGUGCUAAUAAUCUGUAGAAAGCCCUUGAUGAUACUAGCUAGAUGGCCACAACUAGAUAACUAUCAAGAUGAUUAAGUCACUCUCAGUUGUCCCAUGCUGCCAGUGUCAGCUAGCCAAAUGUCUAGCUUGCUAGCUAAUGUGAGCUAAACGAUUAAACCUGUUAAUUACUGAGCUUUUAACACAAUGCUUAUUAGCUACACCUGCUGGUACGUUCUACACAGUAGCUAUUAAUGUUGAUAUACCAGGUUUUUCACAGUACCUCAGUGGCACAGUGGUUAGUCAUGGGCUUGGUCAAGCUAAACUCAGAUCGAAAACCAGGUUCGCAUUUCAUGCUUCCUAAUUUUUUACCUCUAAGUUGACUCUUUAAAAAAAAAAUGUGGCUCUAUGGCAUUAUUUAGACAAAUCUUGUCACUAAAUAAAACAAAUUAUUUGAACACCAAUGUGCAGCUACUAGUGUUGGUUUCAAAGAAAACAAUUUUCAAAACAGUACCUAGGCAGGAUUCGGCCAUAUGUCUUAUGGCGAACUCGGCUCCAUGCUCACCGUCCCUACCUGUUCAAGUGCUACCAUUCAAGUGCUUUGAUGAGGAAAAAAAGCCUAAGUUAAUUUGUUUGUAAUUUGUCCAGCCGAGGUCGGUGUUUUGAAAGCAACUUGGCAUUGGUGAAAGCACCGAGACAAUGGCGGAAUCAGUAGGAUACCGCAUAUGAAACGCAUGAUUUUAUGAAACACGUUUAGAAAAAUCACAUGAUCAAACAAAGUAAUUGAUCACAUGGCAAUUUUAAUGUUUUAAGGUCUUUGUUUGGAUCAGACUGCUCUGAAAUUUUUACACAAGCCUUGAUGUGUCGAUGUCUUGCAUAACAUUACUAGUUAGCAUCGUAAUUUGCUAGCUAGCACAACAUAUAUAGCUAGCUAGCUAGUUAGCUAAAUAUACUGGUUUAAUAUUAAUGUUACAGUGGCUACAGUGGCUAGAUAGCUAGCUUAUGGAGGAAAAAUGUAGUGUUCAGCAUUGUGUGCACUUGCUGCACUUAGCAUCCCAUUCGUUUCAUAUGAAGUGUGGCUGGAGAUUUGUGUGCACGUAUCAAACUUCCAAUAUAAUGCUCCUUCAAGCACAAAACUCCUUAGCUAGAUGUAAAAGAUGCAACUAAGAAGUAAUUAAGACUUUUAUUUAGCAGAUGUUAAUGCAGAUUUAUUGUUUUACUUAAGAUACAUUCUGGCUGUUUUGCAGAUGAAAGGGGGUGGAUAUCACUGGGAAAAGUACCCUAUCUUCUUCUUCUCGUUGUUGCUCCUUUCAUGCUUUCUGAUUAGCUCAAAGUCAAGUUGACAGCCAGGCUGAUAAUACAUUGAAACGGUGAGAGAAGCCGCAGUUUGUACCUGUUGUUCUAGCAAGCGAAGGAAAGGCCCUCUACUGUGCAGGCCAACAAUCUUAGUGGUGUGUUUGUGCCUUAAGACACUGUGCUUUGUUUUAUAUACCAUUCCACACAAUAAUUUAAUUAAAGCUUACACUAGAUAAUGUUCUAUCUUUCCCUACCCCAGGCUCGGUGGGGUGUGUUGGAGACUCUGGAGAGGAUGGUGCUGAGGGUCUGAGCUACGACGGAGCUGCCGGCUCUCCUGGCUUCCGAGGGUGUCCAGGACUGAAGGGCCCAUUUGGGGACUCAGUCCCCGGCGCUCCAGGACCUAUGGGCCUCAAGGGGGUAGUGGGGCUGUCGGGGCCCAAAGGAGUGCCAGGUCCACCCGGUCCAAUCGGAUUAACAGGUACCACCAAUAAGCGACAUUGAAAUUGAUUAAAGAUUUUGAAACGUCUGCUUUAGGUAUGAGGUAGUGUGUACCAUAUUACAGCUGACAGUCUUAUAAUGUGUACAGUCAUAUGCCUCUCAACUGGUCAGAGAAACCAGAAACUACCAGAAACACCAGAAACUAUCUAGAAACUACCAGAAACAUUAGAAACUAUCCACAAAAAUGUAAUAGUUUGUGUUUUUAUGUGUGAUCUUAGAGAGGGUUGACUUGUCUUCUCUAGGUGCUGCGGGGCUUCCUGGUACACUGGGAAGGAAGGGGGGGCAGGGAGAGAGUGGUGCCACGGGCAGAUAUGGGGCCCCGGGGCCCUCCCCUGUACAGUGUGAAGAGGGGGCCUCAGGCCUUCGAGGACCCAUGGGGCUAAUAGGGGACAUAGGCCCUCCAGGUAGGUCCUACUGACAAUAGCAGCUUUGAAUCAGAAAGAAAAUAAAAACGUGUGUGCGUAGUAGGGCAUUUCUGUAUAGGUCUGCCUCAUUGGGUAAUAUAAUUAUUCUGUGUGCUUUUGUCAGGUUGCGCAGGCGAGAAAGGUGAUAACGGAGAGGAGGGUCUGUCCGGCACGGGUCCUAAAGGAGCUGCAGGGAAACCGGGCCCUCCAGGGUUUCCUGGGUACUGUGGAGCCCAGGGCCCCAUGGGGCCAUUAGGGGACCCUGGCAUACCCGGGGCCCAAGGGCAGAAAGGUGAGAGAGGCACUUCCGCUGCAGCACGUCACCCUACAGAGUCUGUGAUAAGUAGAAUGAAUGAACAUGAGCAUGCAUUCUAAGUGGUUUGCAAGUAUGGACAUUGGAACGUAGUCCAUGGGGACAUCUGGGGUCCCAGCCAAUGCAACAAACAUUAGCAUUAGCAUCCAUAAUGUCCUAUUUGCAGCCUUUACAAGGCCAGAGCUGUACUGAUAUCCAAUAUGGCAUCCUGUGUUCAGGUCUAAUAGGGGUACCUGGUAGGGAUGGGUCAGUGGGUGGUCCAGGGAGUAGUGGAACACUAGGACCCCCGGGAAGGAAAGGAGAGAGGGGUUUCGACGGUCAACGAGGCUUACCAGGAGAUGAGGGCCUGAAAGGAGAAAAGGGUAUGUGAAUAAAUUCAACAUGGAAAUCACACUCAUAACAUUAUUCAAUGCAGUGCUCAUUAAAACAAUAGUUUGUAGACGCACCAUUUUAGCAUAAUAUUGGAGUGCAGUUGAGAAUCUUCAAUAUCCCCCUAGUUGCCUUGCAGCAAGUUGUCAAAAUACAUUCAAACAGCAUACAUUUAACAUUCUACUGUACACUAUUUGUAGUGAUGGGAUUGUAAGAGAGAUGGUCUAACUUUUCCAUCUGUUCCAGGUAGAAAAGGUUCCCCCGGAGCCCCAGGAGUCACCAACUUCAUUUCUAUCAAAGGACGAACAGGAGCUCCUGGAGCCCCAGGUCCUGAUGGCUUCACU